AUUCCAAUCGGACCAGAGGAGGGGAAAUUCCACGGUGGAAACGGAAGUAAAAGGUCAUGGUAGAGAGGUAGGCGACCAAAAUUCCGGCCCCGGAAUAGGGUUUCAGAACUGAAAGCCUAGUUCAGUUUCCGCCGGUGCUAGGAGAGGAACGCCGACAAUGGCCGUUGUUCAUGGCUUAGCUUCUUCAUUCGACCUGAAGUUUCCUUUUUCUUCUUCUUCAAGUUCAUUUCGGGGUAAACGAUUUGCGUUUCCUCCUUUUAGUUCCAGUGGUUGGUCUUGGGUACAGUCGUGGUCUAGGUUUUCUAUCAGAAUCUGCAAAGAGAAAGGUUCGAGCUUUCUUGUUCAUAAUAGGGCGCAUGGAAAUGGGAAAUUCAGGUUGUUUGGAUCGGUUAAAAUGGAUCAGUUUUUAACGAGUGACGACGAAGAUAAAAUGAGUGAGGGACUGUUUGAGGCGAUUGAGGAAUUGGAACAGAUGAUGAGAGAGCCCGCCGAUGUUCUGGAAGAGAUGAAUCAUCGGCUUUCCCCCCGUGAGUUACAAUUGGUCCUCGUGUACUUUUCUCAAGAUGGGAAGGAUUCUUGGUGUGCAAUGGAAGUGUUUGAGUGGCUUCAGAAGGAAAAACGGGUCGACAAAGAAACCAUGGAACUCAUGGUUUCGAUAAUGUGUGGUUGGGUCAAGAAGCUGAUCGGAGGUGAGCAAGAUGUUGCAGAUGUUGUUGAUCUUCUUGUGGACAUGGAUUGCGUUGGCUUGAAACCCAGUUUCAGUAUGGUAGAGAAAGUCAUCUCUUUGUAUUGGGAGAUGGGGAGGAAGCAGGAAGCAGUUUUGUUUGUGAAAGAGGUUCUGAAACGGGGAAUUGCUUAUGCCGCCGCGGACGAAGGGGAGGGCAAGAAAGGAGGCCCAACUGGGUACCUUGCUUGGAAAAUGAUGGUGGAAGGAGACUACUGUGGUGCAAUUAAAAUGAUGUUUGAAUUCAGAGAGAGUGGGUUGAAGCCAGAGAUCUACAGCUACCUAAUUGCAAUGACAGCAGUGGUCAAAGAGCUUAAUGAGUUCUCAAAAACUGUACGGAAGUUAAAAGGUUUCGUGAAGACUGGUCUAAUAGCUGAAAUUGAUGUAGAAAAUGUCAAACUUAUCGAAAAAUAUCAAUCAGAUCUUAUAGGAGAUGGUGUCUGCUUGUCCAAUUGGGUGAUUCAAGAGGGAGGCUCCUCAUUUUCUAGGGCAGUCCAUGAAAGGCUUCUUGCCAUGUAUAUUUGUGCUGGUCGAGGACUUAAAGCUGAAAAGCAGUUGUGGGAAAUGAAGCUCAUGGGGAAAGAGGCUGACAGAGAGCUUUAUGACAUUGUAUUAGCCAUCUGUGCUUCCCAAAAGGAGGAUAGUGCUGUAGGGCGGUUGCUUACUGGACUGGAGGCUACAAGCUCAUUACGUAGGAAGAAAACCUUAUCAUGGUUGUUGAGAGGCUACAUUAAAGGCAGGCAUUUUGAGGAUGCUUCUGAAACAAUAAUAAAGAUGCUUGACCUAGGCUUGUAUCCUGAACAAUUGGACAGGGUAGCUGUAAUGCAGGGACUAAGAAAAAUGAUCCAGCGGUCAGGGAAUGUUGAACCUUAUCUCAAGCUUUGCAAGCGCCUUUCUGAUGCAAAUAUGAUUGGUCCUUGUCUUGUAUAUCUGUAUAUAAAUAGGUAUAAACUUUGGGUCACAAAAAUGCUGUGAAGAAAUUUGAGGGAAAACUAUGCUAGCCUGGAAGUCAAGAUGUCUAAUUGUGAGAAGGUCUGGCUAAUUUGGCAGUGAACUCAAACAAUUGGAGCCUUUCUUUUGGCAAUUUUUGUGUAUAUGAUAAUUUCUGUAUAAUUCGUGAACAAUAGAAUGAUUUCCAUAGUUGUAGAGAAUAGCAGCUUACGAGUUAACGUCAAUGAAGUUGUGGAUAUUUUGUU